AUGGCAUUUAUUAGAAAUAUUGAAACAUUCGAUUAUCUAAACUUUUCAUAUACAUCAAUAUCUUUCUUGAAAUCAUCAGUAAUCAUGCGUAUGAUAUCGAUCAAUGCUAUUUUAUGUUUAUUUAUUGUUUUAAUCGGUAUUGCUGUUUCAUCAAGCUCAUUAAUCGAUAACGAUGAAGAUGCAGCUGCUGCUGCUGCUGCUGAUUGGAAUUACUUUGAUAGUUAUUAUCCAGCUCAUCUUCUUAAAGCACGAGCAGCUAAAUCACGAUUUUGGAAACGUGCACCACAUCGUAAAUUUUGGAAACGAUCUUUAAAUGAACCAGCAAUGAACAAUAACGAUAUGGCUGAUUCAGCACACAGUCAAUUUCAACAACAAGAAAAGCACUAG